GCACCUUGAGUGAUGCCCAAGAAGUUCCAAGGUGAAAACACCAAGUCGGCUGCUGCCCGCGCGAGGAAAGCUGAGGCAAAGGCAGCAGCCGAUGCCAAGCGUCAGCAGGAGUUGGAAGAUGCCUACUGGAAGGAUGAAGACAAACACGUGAUGAGGAAGGAACAGAGGAAGGAGGAGAGGGAGAAGCGGCGGCUGGAGCAGCUGGAGCGCAAGAAGGAGCUGCAGCGCCUGCUGGAGGAGGAGGACUCCAAGCUGAAGGGGAAGGCACCCAAGCAGCUCACCCCGGGCAAAGUCACCCGAGCCCAGAUUGAGGAGAGCAUCAGGAGAGACCAGCAGCAGAAGGAGAACACAGAGACAGUGGAGAAGGAGAAGUCACACUUGGAGGUCCCCUUGGAGGAGAACAUCAACAGGCGGGUGCUGGAGGAAGGGUCGGUGGAGGCCAGGACCAUCGAAGAUGCCAUUGCUGUCCUCAGCGUUGCCAACGAUGCGGACCGGCACCCUGAGCGCCGGAUGAAAGCCGCCUUCACGGCCUUUGAGGAGGUGAACCUGCCACGCCUGAAGCAGGAGAACCCCAACAUGCGCCUGUCGCAGCUCAAGCAGCUCCUCAAGAAGGAGUGGAUGAAGUCGCCCGAAAACCCCAUGAACCAGAAGCACAAAGCUUACAACAGCCAAAAGUAGGACUGGAGCUGGUGGUGUUCUCCCCCCGGACAGCGGGCUGGAGCCACAGGGCUCUGAUGGAUGAGGAGACACGAGGACCCCCCCCCUCC